UUUUAUUGAAAAUUUGAACUAAUAUGCUCACCUGUAAUAUCAGAAGUAGCAAAGGAUCAGGACUUGUAGAAUUCGCACCUGAAAUGACCUUGUUCGAAUUCUUAGAGCUUGUAGCAGAAAAAUCAGGAAUUUUACCGAAGGAUAUCUGCAUUAGGAAAGGAUUCCCACCGAAAUUUUUGGAAACACAAGAUUUGAGUGUCACCGUUGAAAGCAUGGGGAUUGCUGAUAGAGAUUCACUUAUGAUAGAAGAGAAUCCUUCAAACUCUCUGUACUCCCAAGCUGGUAUUGUUGAAGACCAGGAAGAAGAGGUCAAAGAAAUCCCAUCAUCCAUGGAGAAAGAGACUGAUGCUGUUGAGGAAGAGGUCAAAGAAGACUCAGAUAAGUCAAAAAUCAUCAAGAGAGACCCUAAUUUGAAGAAAGUCCUCGAUACCCAGGUCCAAACUCCAGACAGUGAUGGGAAGAUUAUGAUAAGGAGGAUCAUUGAUGCAGAUAAUAGCUGCCUCUUCAAUUCUAUUGGGUGUUGUCUACUCGGGUCGAAGCAAUCGGCCAAGGAUCUUAGAAGAAUGGUCAGAGAUACAAUCAAGAGUAACUCUUCAGAGUAUGAAGCUAUCAUUGAUAAACCACUCAGUGAGUACUUGACAUGGAUCAUGAAUGACGAAUCAUGGGGAGGAGGAAUUGAACUGUACAUUCUUUCAAAACUUCUGAGCACUGAAUUCUAUGUUAUCACCGUCGAGAGCCUCAAUGCGCAAAUCUUUGGAGAAGGACAAGGCUACAAGCAAAGAAUUUAUCUUCUUUAUACAGGAAUCCAUUAUGAUAUUGUGACAAGGAAUAUCUUUGAAGGGUGUGAGGAGGAUGAUGACAUAAGAGCAUUUGAACCUACAGACAAAUUUGCUGAAGAUGGAGCUCUUUUCGUAGCUAAUGAGCUCAGAAAAAAGAAGCAGUUUGUCAACCUCGACGCAUUUGGAUUUGUAUGAACAGUUUGUAGUACAGGACUUGAGUCAGUAGAAAAUUUAAGGGCUCAUGCAAUGGAAACAGGACACCAGAAUUUUGCUCAAGCUUCUGACUUCAAAAGAUAA